AUGGAGUUUGACGAGCACGAAGACCAAGAAGAAGAAAUGACGGGGAUGGCGGUGAUGCCACCGGGUUACGACUCAAUUAGCAACUCAGCUGCUACUCGGUCAAAAAUUGGUCCUACUAGUGGGGGAGGAGAAGGCGGUUCAACAACACCAGCAAACACAAACACAAGAAAAUCUUCAAUCAGAUACAGAGAGUGUCAGAAAAAUCAUGCGGUGGGACUUGGUGGACACGCACUUGAUGGUUGUGGUGAGUUCAUGGCCGCAGGGGAAGAAGGUACUUUGGAUGCACUUAAAUGUGCUGCGUGUAAUUGCCACCGUAAUUUCCACCGCAAAGAGACUGAUGGUGGGGGUGGAGGAGAAUUAAUAUUAUAUCACGGCCAUCACCACCAGCAACAACCACAAUUCUCUCCUUAUUAUCGUGCUCCACCACCGGCUGGGUACCUUCAUCACUUGACACCAACUCCACAGCCAAGGCCUCUAGCCUUGCCGGCUGCGUCUGGUGGGGGUGGUGCUGGUGGCGGUGGGUAUAGUAGGGAAGAGGAGGAUGUGUCUAAUCCGAGCAGUAGCGGUGGUGGAGGAGGCGGUAGUAGUUCGAAGAAGAGGUUUAGGACAAAGUUUACGCAGGAGCAGAAAGAAAAGAUGUUGGCUUUCGCGGAGAGGCUUGGUUGGAGAAUCCAGAAACAUGAUGAGGCUGCUGUGGAGCAGUUUUGUGCGGAGAAUGGUGUGAAGCGGCAUGUGCUCAAGGUCUGGAUGCAUAAUAACAAGCACACUCUUGGUAAGAAACCCUAA